AUGGUUUACGGAUGCGGAAACCAGAUGAUAAAGUUCUUUAUGUUCAUUUGCAACUUUGCUUUAUUUUUACUUGGCGCCCUUAUCUUCUCCUUCUCUCUAUGGGCCAAUCUGGAUCAAGAAUUCACGACGAAGUUGAGUGAGGUCUUUUCAAAAGCCGGAAUCUCUUCCGAUUAUUUGGAGGAAUUGCAGCAAGUAAGCGUUUAAAAGUUUUACAUUUGCUCUGUUUUAAUUUUUUUAGUAUCAAGCAUCUCUGUGGGUGUUUGUCGCCGUCGGGGCAAUGCUUUGUUUUGUUGGCUUUUUCGGAUGUUGUGGUGCCGCUUGCGAGAGUUUGUUUUUCUUGACCAUGGUAAGUAUUGGCUUUUAAAUAUGUUGUAUUAAUCUUCGUUUCAGUUCUUCAUUGUUAUUUUGGUGCUUUUCGUAAUCGAAUUGUUUACCUUGAUCUAUCUCAAGAUAAAUAAGACCGGGUUUCUGACAGCGCUUUACUACACUUUACAAAAGAGUACCGCGACUCCGGCCCUAAGGGCACAACUUAAACCAAUCGAAACCCUUCUCAAAUGUUGCGGGGCGACCUCAGAGACGUCAUAUAUGUAUGCUGAUGAUUGCAAAUCCCUCGGUAUCUUGGAUCAGCCUGAUUGUUACUCAGUCAUCUCUUCGAAAUUGGACGGAUUCGGGAAUGUGGUGGAAAUCUGCGGAAUUAUCGUGCUCAUCAUUCAGAUGUUCUCUAUGCUCUUUUCCUGCACUCUGUCUCGAGCGAUCCGUGAGCGUAUCCCUGCUUAUUACUAA